AUGGCAGAAUCUGACCCAGAUGUCGCAGAUUGGUCGAAAUAUGAUGUAUAUUUGUGUAUAGGAGAUACUGAUCCAUAUGAAGGACCUAAUCUUUCUUAUGGAAGACGUGAAUGUGUCACCUUCUAUGAAGGCAGACCUUCUGCAAUAUCUCACUCCAGAUAUUCAGACGACAAGUAUGCAACUAACAAACGUCAAAGAGAACCCAGUAGGGCCAGCAGCACAGGAAAACGGACAAAUGAAACAACUCAGCAUGCACUUACAUCUACAGGAGUAUCGCAAAGAUUGUCUAAACUACGUAGGGGAGGUCGCGCUAUUUACCAAGAUGAAAGACGUGGAGGACCCCCAUACGAUACUAAUGACGACAAAACAAAUGGAGAUAUCAUGUCAACACAUGCCCAGGGUACAUCUACAUCCUCUUCUGCUGUUAGACAAAAAGGUGAUACUCCAGACAGUACCUUACCCAAUGGCAUGUUUAAGUUAGGGCCGUUCGUAUACGAAGAUAAGGAUCCGGACUUCCUGCAAUCUUAUAUAAACGCUCCAACAACAGUGUUGGGUUUAGGCACAGUAGUAGCACCAACCCGAAAUGAGCUUAAAAUGUGCAAAGCAUUGGCAGACUUGGGUGAUAUGGACUGUCUUGCCGACUUCGAAAGAACAUUAUACCAGUCUAGCAUAUUGCGUUCACGUGCAUUCAGCCUUUCAUGGGAAAAGUUCAUGCAAAGAGUAAAUGAUAUCAUAAGCUCGUCUGUUCAUACUGGGACCACGACAUUACUAGAGCUGCUCAAGUAUACCAAUGUUUCGGGAUCACUACUUCAGGUAAUAGUGGCAGAUGUAGGUGUAAGGUUGGAUGACAAAAGGACGAUGCUAGACAUACUUAUCCGCUCGCUAGAGUCAAUGAGCCCGAAGGAACAAGUAUUUGUCAAGGUUAAUACGUCAGCAUCCAUACAAUCCAUAUUGGAACAAAUAUACAUAUCUCUAAAAAACUGUGUCACACAUACUAGGGGAAACCAAGGCGAGGGAUAUGUAUUAGAAGCAUCGGUACGCAAGAGUAUAUUAGAGCAACUUGCAGAUUUGUAUAGGUGGAGGUUUAGAACUCGACAUGUGGUCAUUAUUAUCGAUAAAAUCACACAUAACCUAAGUGAGUUCCUAUAUAUACUGCAAAUGCUAAAGAAAAGAGAUGGGUUCAUGGUGAGCUGCAUUAUAUGCGCAAACUGCUGGCAAACCAAUCUGGAACAACAUAUAUCAAUGCGCGUAUAUUCGGAACUGUCCAUAUAUAACUGUGAUGUACUAGCAGUUAAUAAGGUGUCUGAUGAAAUAUUAAACGUAUUACUAUAUGACCCAGAGGUGCAAUGCUUUGUGCCCAACCUGCAUUCAUUGGAGCAAAUAUGGAAUACAUUAUACGACGAAGAAAUGUCAAUCACGUCCUUGAUCAAGAGUGUAUAUAUCAUGUACGAAUGCUUCUAUCGCAACGUGCAGUUUAGUUUUGUAUGUAUGCCCAACAUCAUCAACCUAUACUGCAAGGUGCGGGGAACUGAAAAUGAACCAUAUUUUGAAAUAGAAAACAACGAUGACGUUGCUCAGGAGCUAUAUUGCAAACUCGUACUCCUAUUCUGCGGGUCAAACAUGUCGGCAUCACAUUGUGCCUAUCUACAAAUAUUGUUAGAUAGAGAUGCAGCGCUAGAAACGCUAUGUCUACAGCUACUGCCUAUGGAGGCUAUGAAGGUCAUCGAACGACGGUUGUCGCUACAACUAGCCAUAUACCUGCUACAAAAACUCAUGGUCAUGCUACCUGAUUGCGAUCGUGCAAGACGACGACUUAGACUACUGACAAAGACACUAUGCAGUGAACAUGCAGAUGUACGUAUCAAUGAGCUAAUCAAACGGAUAUCGCGAACCAUAAAAGCGAAAGUUGAUAGGGCGUUGAUGGAUAUAGUUAAGAUGCUAAAGGAUGUCGGUAACCAUUUUCUAUCGCUAUACCCAACGAUAGCAUCGAUUAUGACUCUGCUGGGAAACCCUCCAAAACAUGAUAUCGUGGCAGAUUAUAUGGCAGCAAUACACUCGGAUACAGGCAAUGUGUCUGUAGCAACCUUUGUAGAAAGAGCGUUGACAGUGCUUCUACUGCCUACUGUACAAUCGUCAAGCAAGCUGGCAUAUCAUAUGGUCAUGGCAAAGUUCCGACCUAAACGACCAGAAUGGCAAAUUAUGCGUGAUAUCUUGGAAUAUAAAGAUAAUUCAGGCUUCGCUAACAAUGUCAAACAACUGAUACUCAUAUCGCAGAAGCUACCUGGAGGAACUCUUAACCUAUGGGAUCUCUUCUGUCUAUUCUACGCAAAUUUCAAUGGAGAACCUAUUGCCAAGGUUUUUAUACGUUUCGUAAUGGCACUAGAAACGACAAACCAGAUUUUAGGGUACUACACAAUGCUACCUACAAAGGCAACACAAUCAUCAAAUGUAGCAAUCGAGCCUGACUCGUCAACUCCAAACAAGUUGACACAAAUCAUCAAAUCACGACUUUCAAAGUUCAAGGUGAAACGAGUACACCUAGGGAGAUACUCUUAA